AUGUCGAGUCCAUCAGUGGCCCUUGCAACAGCGUGUUGGAGUCAGAAGGCGUUCGUGCUGCGAUCAAAGCGUGUGCCUUGGCGCAAGGGAUGGAAUCGGACGAUGAGAAUGUCAGCUGCCAGUAUACUUGAGACCAUGGCCGCACAAAUGGAUUACAAGGCUGUGCGUAAGUUUGGCAGGCUUCUCCGGAAGUUUGGUAUUGUUAGCACCUUUGUGGGUUGCUACGUGUCCGGGAGAGUCAGUAAUCUCUACAUCGUACUUGUGACUAUCGACUAUGAAAAGCCGCUGGAAGUACUGCUGCACCAGAACGAGCUACUAAGCGAGGCAAAAUUCGGAGUCGAUCAGCGUUUUGUUCAAAGCCAUGCCAGUCGUUCAAAAGUAGUUUGGCUCGAUCUUGGUAAAGUUUGGUGGACCGUUGGAUGUGAAGCAAUGUGA